ACAAUAUUUCUAUUUUCGAUUUCACCACCAGUGUAGACUGAAUUUCCUUCGUUGCAAUAUGUCAAGUAGAGCUCUGAGAAAAUUACACGGGAACCGGGAUCUGAACGUGCUAAAUGGACAGAACGACGAUGAAGAAGAUGAGGACCUAGAAACUGACAGAGGGACUUCAAAUAAGAAGAAUCGGAAACCACAGAACCCGUUUCUGCUGCUAGGAGAGGAGGAAGAUGAUGUCAGUGAAGAAGAUAAAGAGGAUACAAUGCUUCAAGAUCAGCUGACCCAAACAGAUGUGCAAGAAAAGGGUGCCAACAAAAAGAAAAAGAAAAAAAAGAAAAAGAAGAAGAAAUCUGCUGAUAGAGAAAUUGAGGAAGAUGAAAUUGAUGCCAGUAUUAAGGAGGUCAAUCGCAUUUUGGAAAAUUCGGGUCACGGUGCAGAAUUCAUCACCAGGGUAGAUACUGUCAAUGAAUCCACAAAGGCCCUUCUGACAGUAGAACAUAAGAACUUGAAUCCAGAUAAUGAGAUGAAGAGGAUAUUUGGAUCUCGAGUAGUGCAAGCUGAAGUGUCAAGAAGGAGACAGAGAAAUACGCCAGCACGUAGACGGACAAGUUGGCUGGCCACACCUAAAGAUACCUGGCCACACAUAGGAAAAUCAGGGUUGACAAUGUCACUAACAGAGACACGAGGAAAUGUGGUCUACUUCAUAUAUGAACACAAUCAUCAGUACCAACAAGUGCAAUUCAAAUUCUAUGAUGCAGUGGAAUCUUUGAAUCCUCAGAAUAUCAUGGACAUCAUCAGAACGCAUCCAUAUCAUGUAGAUUCCCUGAUCCAGAUGAGUGAAGUGUUCCGCAUGAGCGAGGACAUGCAAACGGCUGCUGAUUUGAUAGAGAGAGCUUUGUUUUCCUUUGAGAUGUCUUUCCAUUCCUUAUUUAGUUUAACUACAGGCAAUUGUCGACUUGAUUUCAAGCAGACAGAAAACAGACCAUUUUAUUUGGCCGUUUUCAAGCACCUUGUGAAUGUAGGACAGAGAGGUUGCUACAGGACUGCACUCGAAUUCUGUAAAUUACUGUUGAGCCUUGACCCUGAUAAUGACCCUAUGUGUGUUCUGCUGUUGAUUGACUUCUAUGCACUAAGGGCUGCAGAGUAUUCCUUCUUGAUCCGACUCUACCAAGAAUGGGAGGAUCACAGGAAUUUGUCUCAGUUACCAAACUUUGCCUUCUCAGUGCCACUGGCCAUGUUUCUUCAGGGAGAAUCUCAAAGCUCAGAGGACACAACAGAGGCCGAUGAAAAGCUUCAACAAGCUCUGAUCAUGUUUCCCGGUUUGUUGAUGCCUCUCCUGGACAAGUGCAGUGUCAACCCCGACAAUGUCGUUUCUAGUCACACUUUCUUUGGAGACAAAACUCAAUACAGUCAAACUGCUGCUCUGAAACAGCUGGUUGGAUUAUACAUUGGUCGCUGCCAUGCCUGCUGGAAACAACCAGAAGUUGUACAGUGGUUAGAAAGAAAUGUCAAAGAAGUGCUGAAGAGAGUGGAUGAAAAAGAUCCAUUUAUUGAAGAAUGUAACAAAAAAAGACAGAUGAGAUACCAGGGAACUCCAAGGAACAUCCUAAGGCACAUCCUCAUCUCCGAGAUCAAGGAUGCAAUUACAGCACUCCCUCCAGAUGUGGCCAACACCACUGUACUGAGUUAUGAUCCACUCCCACCAUUGGACUCGGUAGCAACGUACCAACGGCCAGACAGGCAAAGAACACCACAACAAGGAAACACCCUUGCUUUGUUUCUGAGAUCACUUUUGCCAAACUUUGAUCCAAAUGCACCACCUCCAGAGAACGAGGGGGCGGUGGGGGGAGAAGAGGGGAACAACCUCAGACAAGGAGUCAAUGUACUGAUGGAGGCCAUGAGAGACUUACUGGCCAACAUACGACCCGUCAACCCACCUGUGGAGAACCAAGAGGAAGAAAGGGACGAGGGGGAAUGGGACUGAUCUCAAGGGUGGAUCCAAAAGGUGUGGGAUUCAGAUUUACAAUGAACUGCAUUUAUAGACAAAUUCAUAUCUUUAUUUGAACAUAAAAGAAUUACUUUGAUAACGAUAUGUAUGAUUACUUGACAAGACUUUAUUUGUUUUAUGAUCUAUUUUAUCAUAAUAUAGUAUUGAGUUACAUAUUGAUGUUUGCAGAGUAAAUGUGUUAUAGAUAUGAUUUCUCAUAUUGUCUCAUAGUUACACAUAUUAUGAUUGUGUUGCAGUGGGUUUAAAUAUAUUUAUAACAUACAUACACCUAUGAAACAUGGUUUAUGAAUGUCAACAUUUAGUUUUGGAAAUAGACACGAAAUAUUUAUUUAUUUUAUCAGAUAUAAUUUGAUCAUUGUUCAUUGUUUUUAAUAAGAUCAGGAUCAUAUUAUUUUAUUGCAACAGGAAAAGGCCAAAUCUACAGUUCAGUCUUUCAUUUAAAACAUUUUGGAUAUGAAUGUCAUUGCAGCCACAGACUGACAUUUGUUUUGUUUCUGGUUGGGAUUUUACUGCAAUGAGUUUGUAUGUAAAGUUGAAAUGCAUAUGAAAAAUAAAACAGUGAAAAUUGCA